AUGGGCAACUUGCAUUAUAUUUUUUUAAAUAUCUAGAAAUAAUCUGUAACCUUAUUUAAUUAUGUAGUGUAAAUAUUAUAAAUUUAUUAGAUUAAGUUUAGCGUGUAAAAAGUUUCAAACCGGCAUUUGCUACCGCGCUAAUUCGUGACGUCAUUUAGUGUGAUCGAUAAUCAAGAUAAAUGAUAGGGACAGGGACACACCGACAGCAUAAACAUACGUAAAAUCAAACGAUGGAUACAGAAGUGUCAAAUGCCGACAUAUGCAGAGUCUGCAGAUCGGAGGGCGUAGCGGACCGUCCGCUCUUCCAUCCUUGCAUAUGCACAGGAAGUAUAAAAUGGAUUCACCAGGAGUGCUUGAUGCAGUGGAUGCGCUAUUCCCGGAAAGAGUACUGCGAACUGUGCGGGCACAGGUUCUCUUUCACGCCCAUAUAUUCGCCCGACAUGCCGCGUAGGCUGCCCCUCAGGGACUUGACCGCCGGGCUUUUAUCCUCCAUAGCAACCGCCGUGAAGUACUGGUUGCAUUAUACCCUGGUCGCCACCGCCUGGCUCGGGCUGGUACCCCUGACGGCGUGCAGAAUUUACAGAGCGCUUUUCACCGGCACUCUAGAUGCGAUCCUAACGUUGCCUUUCAACAUCCUUUCGACGGAAAACAUAGCCGCCGACAUUUUUCAAGGUUGUUUUGUGGUGACUUGUACACUUUUUGCUUUCGCCGGUUUGGUGUGGUUGAGGGAGCAGAUCUUACACGGUGGGGGCCCGGAUUGGAUGCAGAGGGAUAAUAUCGUGCCUCAAGCGGAGGAUCCGCCUCGGGUCCUAGAUAAUAUACCGGAAGAGGGUGUGGACGAUGCCGAUGGGGAUAAUGUGCCAAGAGCGGAAUGGUUGAGGGAACAGGGCCCCGAGUGGUUGGCAGGCAACAACGCUGCGGCACAGGCCCAAAAUAACGUGCAGCCGCAGGAGCGUGGCGAUUACGCUAAUGUCCAGGCGGACGUGGCGGGGAGAUGGGCUGGCGAGGGCCACGAUUGGCUGCAAGGUGAUAACGCUGCCCCCCAGGCUGCCGAGGGCCCCCCUAACAUUCCGCCGGAGCGUGGGGAUUAUGUGGAACAUGAAUUGCCAGGUGCAGCCGGCGCGCCACUGGAAGACCACCAGGGCCAAGUGGAAGGCGACGCCAACGUGGGCGAAGACAACAACUGGAUCCCGAUGGAAUGGGACCGCGCCGCCGAAGAAAUAACCUGGGAACGCCUCCUAGGCUUGGACGGCUCCCUUAUGUUCUUAGAACACGUCUUCUGGGUCAUUUCCCUGAACACCCUCUUCAUCCUAAUAUUCGCCUACUCCCCCUACCACAUGGGCCUGCUAACUUUAUCGCUAUUCAGCAUGAGAGAGACGGCCUCUGCGAGCCAUUUCGAGGGUCUCCUCACUACCCUCGUCGGCUAUUGCUCCGUCGGUAUAUGGUUCGUGGUGUUGCACAGGAUCGCCGGCUGGCUAGGCUUCAACAAAGCGAAGAGGGUCCUCGGGUUGUGCUACGUGGUGGUGAAAGUAUCCCUGUUGAGCGUCGUAGAGAUAGGAAUCAUACCGUUGGUGUGCGGUUGGUGGCUGGACAUCUGUUCCUUGGCGAUGUUCGACGCCUCGCUGAAGGAUCGAGAGGCGAGUUUCAGUUCCGCUCCCGGCACCUCGAUAUUCAUCCAUUGGCUCAUCGGGAUGGUCUACGUUUAUUAUUUCGCUUCGUUUAUCUUGCUUCUGCGUGAGAUUCUACGUCCGGGCGUGCUAUGGUUCCUGAGGAACUUCAACGAUCCGGAUUUCAGCCCCAUCCAGGAGAUGAUCCACCUGCCCAUCUUGGAGCACAUCCGGAAACUGCUCAUAUCCGCUGUGAUCUUCGGCAGCGCCGUCUUGCUCAUGCUCUGGCUGCCCAUUCGCAUCCUGAAGAUGAUUUUGCCCAGCUUCCUGCCGUACACGGUCUCUCUCAACAACGACACGCAGGUUAACGAGUUGUCGUUGGAGUUGCUUCUUCUCCAGGUGAUCCUGCCCGCUUUGCUCGAACAGUCGCACACUAGGAUCUGGCUGAAGGGUUUGGUGAGGAACUGGUGUAAGGUGGUGGCGUGGAUCUUGAACAUCCAUUCGUACCUUCUCGGCGACGGCGACGGGAAGCAGAACAGGGAAGAGGGGCAGAAUGGUAACGGAGCGGGCGGGAACGCCCCCGAGGCCGGUGCUGGGUUGGGGGCAGUGCAUCAGGCGCUUUUGAUGAUGGAACCGCCUACGGGAUUUCAACCCUACCAACGCCCAUCCUUCUUCAUUGCCCGACUCGUCGGCCUCUUGAUCGCCGUCUGCAUCUCCCUCAUAGUGUCCAGCCUCAUGGCCCUCACCCUGCCCGUCUGGCUCGGCAGACGUGUCAUGGCUCUCUGGCUGGUGGGGGCGCCCCCUCCCAGCCCCCAAAUCUCCGCCAAGGACACUCAAACCGAGGUCAAAGUCCACGAACUCUACACCGCCGCCUGCGGGCUUUACCUGUGCUGGUUAGCGGCAAGGGCAGUAACCUUAGUCCUCGGGUGGUUGCCGCAAGGUCGGCAGGCCAUGGUGGAGCGCCUCAAGCAAUGGUGCAUCCUCGGGGCUAAAACUAUCGUCGCGAGCACUAUUCUCCUCGGCGUUAUACCUUUGCUGUUCGGUUUGUUGCUGGAGUUGGUCGUUAUAAUACCGUUGAGGGUGCCGAUUCAUCAGACGCCGAUCUUGUUCAUCUGGCAGGACUGGGCGUUGGGCGUUUUGUACACGAAGAUAGCCUGCGCCAUAACGAUGAUGGGGCCCGAUUGGUUCCUUCGGGCGGCGAUCGAACGGGCGUACCGCGACGGCAUCCGCGACAUGAACCUUACCUUCAUCUUCAAGGAGCUGGCCGCACCGGUUAUCAUCAGCUUCGGGUUGGCGCUGUCCAUACCCUAUGUCCUGGCUUACUCCGUCGUGCCGAUAUUCGUCGCCAACUUACAAAUGAGGAAUUUCAUCGCCAGGAGGAUCUAUCCGUUCCUGCUUCUGCUGUGCAUCCUCGUCGUGAUCGUGUGUCUCCAGAUCAGACAGUUUAAGAAGCUGUAUGAACACAUCAAGAACGAUAAGUACUUGGUGGGGCAGCGGCUCGUUAAUUACGAUCACAGGAAAAAGACGCAGGCGGCGAACUAGGCGUCGGUGAUCGCUAAUUCUCUAAAAGGUUGUUUCGAGUAUUAAGAAUUUCAGGUUUACAUUUUUUAAGGUUCUGUUUUCUUAGUGAAUGUUCCACCUUUGUACUGCAGUGUUCUUGAGAACGUCAAGAGAAUAAAAUGGAAACGCGAGCAAAGUUUUUCUACACGUGAUUUUAGGGUUAUAACCUGAAAUUAGGGCUGUUUAUUGGUUGAAUUUGAAAUUCCACCAUGAGUUUUUAAUUUCAACCAAUCAUCUGCUCUAAAUUCAUUCAUGAUCUGAAAAUUUAGGAGUCUAUGAUUUCAUUUGUUUAGAUUUGUUUGGGAGACAUAACCUCACAUUAUUUCAGUUUUCAGUAGAAUCUAACCUGUAGCUUGUUUAUGUCAUCUAGUCUUUGAUGGUGUAGUUUAGUGCUGUUUUUAGUUAAAAAAAAGGUGGUGGUGCUGUAGUAUUUUUCCACCAAGAUAGCACGGGCACGGAACUUUCUGAGAAAGUGGCAAUUGGCUGUGACAAUUGUAAUUAGCAGUGUUAUGUGAUAAACGUGAAUAAAGUAUAAUUUUACUUAAAACAAAUCUUCUUGCAUAAAUUCCUAGUUUUCUUGUAAGUUUUUGACAGUAUUUUUAUAUAAAAAUAAUAUUUUCCCACUGUUUAUAAAAGAUAAAAGUGAGGUUAUGUUUUCCGACAAUUUUUCCUCUCAAAGUCAUAUUUUUUAAAAACGUAAAAGAGUCGUCAAAUGUAGUUUGUUAUUUUUCUGACUUAUUACUUGUAUAUUGGAAUUUUUCUAUUUAUGAUUAAGAAUUAUAGUUUUCCGACUUGCGAGAUGGAUUUUUCCGACAUACAAGUUGUAGUUCUCGAGUUAUUUAUGGCGAAAACCUAGUUCCGAGUUAUAAGUCUAAAGAAAUUCAAACUGUAAACCUGAAAAAUAUAAUUUCUAUUUCAAAUAAGAAAAAAUCAACUGAAAUCUGAAAUUUCGAGAUGCAAAUCGUAAAAACAUUUUCAAUUAUUAAAUUGGCAUUUUUCUGAACUAAAUCAUAAGUUCUGAAUUGAACUUUGAACUUUCCUCACUUAUAACUCGAAUUUAUAUUGCUUCGAAUUAAAAUUUACGUUUUUAUUCACUUUAAACAUUCAGAAAAAUGUUUUUCCGAUUUGCAAUUCGAAGAUUUCGACUGGUAAAUCAGAGAAAUAAAACGAUGUUUAGUGGUUCUUCUACGUUUCUAUAGUGUUUUUACCACUUUAUAAAUUGAUAACAUUUCAAAUUCUACGAUAUACAACUCUUGAUCGUGUCCAAGGAAAGUAGGUUAGGAAGGGAUUUUCUUUUUCUAUAAUACGUAAAUGUGAUGGGACGUUAUUGAAACGCUAUGUUUUAUAUUUAUCAUUAGGGUAUAUACAUAUAUUUUUGCCUUACGAAGCAGAUCAGUGUACGCAAUUUGAUUUAUCCAUAAAUUCCAAAGCGGUAUAUUAUCUGGUUGCGGUGUGCUCUAUCUAUUACGUUAUUAUUAUCGUUUCCUGUUAAGAGAAUCGACUGAUCGUGUUUUGGGUACCUUUUUCCACAACUUAAUUUUAAUAUGAAUACUUUUAGCUAGUUCGAAUUCAGUUAUGUAUAUAUGGAUAAUUUAUUUUAAUUGUAUAAAAUCAGUGAAUAUAUUUUUGGGAAAAUAA